UCUCCGCGCGGUGCUUCUGCUCGCAUUUAAGCGAGCGUCCGAGUUGAACGAUGAAGCAGAAACUAUCAGAGAAUCCGAAGCAUUCUGGAUGGAAUCGUACAGCCAUGAAGAUCUUGCUGGCGAUAGCCUGUCUGGUUGCAUUGGCCGCAACUUUAGAGAAUACUGAGAAUCUCACCGUCACUGAUCGAGUGUACCUGGACAUCAUGAUAGACGAUCAUCCAGCAGGAAGAAUCGUUAUUGGACUAUUCGGUGAUGUCGUGCCUAAGACAACAAAAAAUUUCAUCACUUUAGCCACUGAUGGGGUAGGAGGGAAAACGUACAAGGGUAGUAGGUUUCAUCGAGUAAUUAAGAAGUUUAUGAUACAAGGUGGAGAUAUAGAGAAUGACGAUGGCACUGGAUCGAUCAGCGUCUAUGGAAAAUACUUCGACGAUGAGAAUUUUGUCCUUGGCCAUAAUGGGCCCAUGUAUGUCAGUAUGGCAAAUGCUGGAAAGAAUACGAAUGGUUGUCAAUUCUUUAUUACAACUGUUCCCACACCGUGGCUAGAUGGAAAGCACACUGUAUUUGGAAAGGUAAUCGAAGGGGAAGAUGUAGUUUUUAAGAUCGAACAGACGAAAACCGACGCUGAUGAUAUACCGAUUAAACAUGUGGUUAUCUUCGAAUGUGGGUCUAUCCCUACCUCGUAUCCAUUUAAAGUGGAUGAUAACGUUUACAAUAUUUGGGCGUGGAUAAAAGCGACGUGUGUGCCGCUGAGUUUCAGCUUCUCUAUUCUCGCCUUUUUCCACUGGGUCAUGAAGAAAUUGGAUGUUGAUUAACUCUAUAAUAUAUAUUAUACGAACUUUGAAAAUUUUUAAUCGCGACCAUAAUUAAAAAAAAUCACGCUAUCAGAAGUGGCAAACGACGAUAAAAACUCCAUGUCAUAAUUUUAUAAUCAUUAAAAGAAGAAGAAAAUGAGAAAACAAAAACAUUAACUUGAAAUAAACGUAUAAAAUUAAAUCAGGCUCCAAGGGCCUCAGGGUUGAAAAUUUUAAAAUUACAUUUGUUUCCCAAAUUUCUAUCAAUCGUUUACUAAUAAUAUAUUCCAAAAAUAAGAUCAGA